CUCGACCCAUUGACACCAGAGGACUUCCAAUAGUUGCCUCUUCCCCCAUCUGGUUCCUUGCCGAAGCCGCAUUGCAACGCCCUAAUGGCGGAGCUACGCAACUACUUGCACGCUGCAGUACCAGCUCCGUUGAUGGAAGACGGAGUAGUGGUUGUUGACCUUCGCAAAUACAUUGCAAAGAUUGACCGCGAGUACGCCACGCAACGGUACGACGACACCGACGCACCGUUACACAACGUUCGCAUUCAGAUCAGAAAGCCGACCUGCAGCGCCUUGAUUGAUUGUGAAGUUACUCGCAACUACAUCAACCAGGAUUUAAUCACCCGCGCUGGUCUUGGGCCAUGCAUUCGAAGGAAAUCGCAGCCCACGCAAGUCACGUUGACCGACGGUCGUACGCACAAGUCCAUUGACCAGUGCAUUGACUCCGUCCCCGUGUACUUCGCCCCGCUUGCACGCGAGGUUGUGUCCUUUGACAUACUGGACACAAAGUUCGACAUGAUCUUGGGCAUGACAUGGCGGCGCAGCGAGGACCACCCGAUGAACUUCUACCUCUGCACCGUUCACGUUCGUGACUGGAACGGGGCACUUGUGCCAUGUACUGUCCCCCCACCUCAUCCUUCGAUUGGUUGUCACGUAGUCUCCGCGGCAAGCAUUCGCAACUCCAUCGCACAGAACGACGUGGAGGAAAUGGGCAUUUGUUUCUUGCACGCUCUCGCUCCUCCCGACGAGCCAGUGGCGAAACAGCCACCGAAUCCACGCAUUGUACAACUUUUUUACUCCUAUGGCGACGUCUUUGAAGCCCCCGCUGGAAUCGUACCGAAUCGGCUAAUUCGUCAUGAGAUCAUCCUCGAAGACGGGGCCAUACCUCCGCGCGGAUGUAUUUACCGCAUGAGUGAGGAGGAACUCGAAGUGGUUCGAACGCAACUCGAGAGGGUCAUAAUGCCAUUCGGCCUCACGAAUGCCCCGGCCACCUUCCAAGCGACAAUGACAACGGAGUUUCGCGACAUGUUGGACCAGUUCGUGCUCAUCUACCUCGACGACAUCCUGAUGUACAGCCGAACUUUGGACGAGCACAUUGUGCACCUACGUGUUGUUUUGGACAGGCUACUUACGGCCAAGGCCAACCGAGCCAAGUGCGAAUUCGCACAGCAAGAGCUCGAGUACUUGUGCCACUUUGUGACGCCCCAAGGCAUCCGUCCGCUUGCGGACAAGAUCAAGGUCAUCCAAGAUUGGCCGGAACCGACCAACACCACGGAGGUUCGCUCUUUUAUGGGAUUGGCUAGGUACUACCAACGCUUCAUCGGCUGAUACGCACGGAUCGCCACACCCUUGUCAAGAUUGUAGUCUUCACAUGUGUCCUUCCACUUCACCGAUGAACUCCACAGUCCG